AUGGUGGUUUUAUCACAGCCAAUCCCUUUAGAUAACCACAUAUCCGUAAUCCCAACAUACAAACCGGUUCCGGUUCCGGCUCUUACUUCCCAAUCAAUCCCUGUGGUGAACCUAACCGAUCCAGAAGCCAAAAUCCGAAUCGUGAAAGCUUGUGAGGAGUUUGGUUUCUUCAAGGUCGUAAACCACGGCGUUCGACCCGAACUCAUGACCCGGUUAGAGCAGGAGGCUAUUGGCUUCUUCGCCUUGCCUCAGUCCCUGAAAAACCAGGCCGGUCCGCCUGAACCGUACGGUUAUGGUAAUAAACGUAUUGGACCAAACGGUGACGUUGGGUGGAUUGAGUAUAUCCUCCUCAAUGCUAACCCUCAGCUCUCUUCUCCCAAAACCUCCGCCGUUUUCCGUCAAACACCACAAAUUUUCCGAGAGGCGGUGGAGGAGUACAUGAAAGAGGUGAAGGAAGUGUCGUGCAAGGUGUUGGAGAUGAUGGCAGAAGCAUUAGGGAUCGAGCCGAGGGAGAGUCUGAGUAAGAUGUUGAGAGACGAGAAGAGUGACUCGUGCCUGAGACUGAACCAUUAUCCGACGGCGGAGGAAGAGGCGGAGAGGAUGGUGAAAGUAGGGUUUGGGGAACACACAGACCCACAGAUAAUCUCGGUGCUAAGAUCCAAUAACACGUCGGGUCUUCAAAUCUGUGUGAAAGAUGGAACUUGGGUCGCUGUCCCUCCUGAUCACUCUUCUUUCUUUAUUAAUGUUGGAGAUGCUCUUCAGGUUAUGACAAACGGGAGGUUCAAGAGUGUUAAACACAGGGUCUUAGCCGAUACAAGGAGAUCGAGAGUUUCGAUGAUAUAUUUCGGAGGACCACCAUUGAGCCAGAAGAUUGCGCCAUUGUCAUGCCUUGUCCCUAAGCAAGAGGAUUGGCUUUACAAAGAAUUCACUUGGUCUCAAUACAAAUCUUCUGCUUACAAGUCUAAGCUUGGUGAUUAUAGACUUGGUUUCUUUGAGAAACAGCCUCUUCACAGUUCUCUCUCCUAG